CCAGGAAGGAAGCGAGGGAAGAGAAGGCGUGAAAAAUUGACCAAAUAACCCCAGACCACGUUGCCAAAGCAACGGUUCAGUGCGACUGUUCUCAUACCUUCUACUUUCGCAGACGUUCAACUGAAAACAAAGCGAUUCUUUGUUACCUUAAGCGCCUUUUCUCGCAGACUGCAAGUCCCCGGGUGGGUGUGAUUUGACUGUUAUUUGCAUGUGUUUGAGGAUGGAUUGUGUUCGAGAGCAGGAGGCUUUGGAGGUUGUGGCUCGAGUGGGGAUGACAGAUACCAGAGUGCUGUAGACCCCUCUACCCUGAGAGAUAUGGGAUAUUCCCCCUCCUGAGGAGUAUUCACCCGGCCAUGUCCCUCAGCAGAAGACUGUAACACCUCACUCCUCCACCAGAGGGCCUGCCAGGGGGCAGGGAGAGCCGACACCCCUCUGGACCUGCCCUUGUGGUGGCACCGUGCCUACAGGGGCGCCGGAGGGAACCAUGUAGCGGGCCUCUCCCCGGGUGAGGGGGGGCGGGCACAUUUGUCUCUUUUGUUUUUUUUUCCGUCGUCGAAGAUGGUCCUGCACACGGCCCAGUUCUCCAGCUCCCUCCUGGGCUUCCUGAACGGCCUGUCCUGGGGGCUGGUGUUCCCCUGCUACUGGCUGCUGGACCGGCUCCUGGCCUCCUUCCUGAGCACGUCGCAGGAGAAGCGCCGGCGCUCCCAGGACCCCUGCUCCUUCCUGGCGCUGUGCGUGCUGGUGUCCACGCCGCUGUACCUGCUGUUCAUCCUGGCGGCCCUGCCUCUGGCCCUGCUGGGCUUCCUGCUGUGGGCCCCGCUGCAGGCCGCCCGCCGGCCCUACGUCUACAGCCACCGGAGGGCCGAGGCCCGGCGGGCGGAGCAGGGCGGGGGGUCGCUGGGGGAGUGGAGGCCGCAGGGCCGCAGCUUCUGCUUCUGCAGCGCCAACGCCUGCCUGCUGCCCGACUCGCUGGCGCGCUUCAACAACCUGUCGGACACGCAGGGCCGCGCCCGGGAGGUGGGCCGCCGCAUCCGCAACGGGGCCAGCCGGCCCCAGAUCAAGAUCUACAUCGACUCGCCCACCAACACCUCCAUCAGCGCCGCGUCCUUCAGCAGCCUGGUGCAGCCGGGGGGCGGGGGCUUCCGCCGCACCUCCUCGCUCGACCACCGGCCCGACAGCAACGGGGAGGCGGAGCCGCGGGAGGGAGCGGGCGGGGCCGGGCCCCAGGCCGAGGAGGGCGGGCCCCCGGGGGACUGCGCCGGAAACGCGGCGGGGGGAGGCGCGCAGACGCAGCCAGAGAGCCCCCUCCAGCCGGCCGGCGUGCAGAUCAGCAUCAGCGCCCCGGAGCCCGAGGCCCCGGAGGAGGACGCGUCCGGGCCCCGGCCGGCGGCCGAGGGGGACGGGGCCAGCCUGGACAGCCGCACGGCCUCCCGCGAGUCGCUGGCGCGUUUCCACGGCUGCGACGGCGGCGUGUCCAACAACACGCUCUCGCACCGCGUCUCCGCCUUCAAGAAGCCCGCCCUGCGCCGCCGUCGCCACGGAGACGACGGCUUCGACCACGAGGUCUCUGCCUUCUUCCCCGCCAACCUGGACUUCCUGUGCCUGCAGGAGGUGUUCGACAAGCGGGCGGCCGCCAAGCUGAGGCGGCAGCUGCACCGCUACUUCCCCUUCGUCCUGAGCGACGUGGGCCGCUACGCCUGGAAGGGCUGCUGCUCCCGCUUCAAGUUCCUCAACAGCGGCCUGCUGCUGGCCAGCCGGUACCCCGUCCUGGACGCAGACUACCAGUGUUACCCCAACAGCCGUGGCACCGACGCCAUGGUCUCCAAGGGAGCGCUCUUCGUGAAGGUGCAGGUGGGCACCUCUCUUCAAGAGCAAAGGAUUGUGGGAUACGUCACCUGCACUCACCUCCAUGCCAUUGAAGGAGACGCAGCGGUGCGUUGUGAACAGCUGGACCUGCUGUUGGAGUGGGGAUCGGAGUUUCGGAAAGCCACCUCCUCUCCCGCCGGAGACAAAGGCCUGGAGGACCAGGUGGCUUUCGAUGUUAUCCUGGGGGACCUGAAUUUCGACAACUGCUCCUCAGAGGAUAAGCUGGAGCAGCAGCACGUUCUCUUCACUCAUUAUAAGGACCCAUGCCGCAUGGGACCAGGAGAAGACAAGCCCUGGGCUCUGGGUACCCUGCUGCACCCCAGCGGGCUCUAUGAUGAGGAGGUCAGCUCUCCAGAGAGUCUGCAGAAGGUGAUGGAGAAUGAGGAGGGGAGGAAGGAGUACUUGGUUUAUCCCACCAGUAAAAACCAGAGCUCCAGCCAGAAGGGCCGGAAGAUACCACUCAAGGGAAAUGGCAGAAGGAUCGACUACAUCCUGUACAGUGAAGAGGGGCUGCAGCAAGACUGGAAAGUGGACGUGGAGGAGUUCAGCUUCAUCACGCAGCUGGCGGGACUGACCGACCACCUGCCCGUCGCCAUGCGGCUCGCCAUCUCCACCGGGGAGGAGGAGCCGUAGCCCCAGGCCGUGCCUACCCCGCCCCCCACGCCCACGCCCACCACGGAAAAAGAGAGAGGAAGAAAGAAAGAGAGAGAGAGUGGAGAGCAGAGAAGUGGGGGUUUUUCCGGCGCCCCGCUGAUUUUUUGGAAACUGAAUCCAGGUCCCAUAUUUUCGCUCUGGCAACAGCUCACGGAUCUGCCUUCUGCCUCCCCGUUCCCCUCACCCCCCCCCCCCCCCCACAUUUUUCUCCUAUGAAUGAGCCUGAGUGAGUUGAUUUGUAUUGAAGUGAAGCACAGACUCUGAGACAGAGCUUUCUUCCGUUGCCAUGACGAGGGGCUGCGGGAACAAACAGAGCCAAAGUGAAAUGUGCAUGAGAACUCCCAGGAUGCCUUGCGGUCCCCCCCCCCCCCCCCAGCAUGCCUCCUGUCACCCAUCCUCCCCACAAGUCCAGACCAGGGCACCUCCCACGGAUCUCGAAACUUCAAAGUGUCUUCUUUUUUAAAGUCUUUCUAACGGUUUAUACUCUUACCUCACACUCUGUGGGAAGCUCAAGUACUCCAUUUGCAUUUCUACUGGAACAUGUAACUGUAAUGGAAUAAUAGACUGCCAUUUCACGACAUCGCUCAACUGACAUAACCACAGCUUACGGCUGUGUGUGAGAUGUCCGCAUGUGUGUGUGUGGGUGUGUGUGUGUGUGUGUGUUGUUGUGUCAGUGACAUAGCUAAGGGGAAGAUUUUCAGGUUUGAACCUGAGGUAUUUUUUUUCUUCUUGAACUUGACCAAUUAUUUUUGGAAGAUUUGGCGUGACAAAGUAUGACAUUAACCGCAAAUGGAAGUAACUGUAAUUUUUAACAUUGUAUUUGCCCCCCCAAUCCCAUUCCAAAAACAGAUACCGAUAAUUUUGUGACUUUAGAUAAUUCCUGUCACUGGUGUGUGUAUGUGUGUGUGUGUGGGCGUGCGAGCGUGUGUAUGUGUGCACGCACAUGUAUCCAUGUGUGCAUGUAUGGGGGGAGGUUUGGUCUACGGACUUUUUUUUCCUGGAUGAUAAGCAUGUUCUCCUAAGACUUAGUAAACGCCACGUGUGUUGUUGCCACGGCGACCACACAUGGAUCUCUCAUGCCUUGCCACGCCCGCCAGGCCUUGCCACACCCCCUUUUUCUCACUCCUUUUUAACUCUCUCGCUUGGUCCUCCGAAGGCCCUCCGCCCUUUGAGGUUGCUGGUGGUUGUUGUGUUGGGGCGCUAAACGGGGGGCAGGAUUCCUAUGGAGUACUUACACCGAGUUUACUCCACCUCUACUAAGCCACGGCAGGAGCCAAUGUUUACACACCCGGCAACUCACCUCGAGCCUCACAGUUACCCUGUACAGAAACUUUACUAUUAUAAUACCCCACUAGUUCUGUUUCGCUGUCACCUGUUUGUUUUUAUACUCACUAAAUCUAUUAUUAUUAAUAUUAUUAUGAUCAUUAUGAUUAUUAUUAUUAUUUAAUCACUGCUAUUUUAUAAUGGUUAUGAUUAUUAUUGUUGUUCUUGCAGUUGAUGGUGUUAUUAUAGAUAGAAGAUUGUGUUUUUUUUAUUUAAAGGAAGAUUAGCUGCGCACAUCUCCACCUUUCCGUUUCAGUUUGCAGUUCUUCAGUGCAGGUGCUCUGACAAGGUGCUCGGGUAUGAGAGCAGUGAUUUCGGAAAGGCACAACUUGGAGCGUUUAGGCGCUUCCCUGUGCCUUUCUCACCUGGAGACGUCAAAGCCAAAGGACUUAUUCAGGUGUCUACACAUGGCUGGGGAGCUUUCUGGAUGGGGAGGAGGGGUUGGGGGUCAAAAUUCAGAGGUCAGGGUUCAGUCCCAGGGAGCGAUGUAGCUGCAUGCUUUGUGUAAAAUAACAAUGCUUCAUAACUGCUAGUUCUGCUUCACAUGUGAUCUCCUUCAUUCUACUCUUUUGUUGUUAUUAUUAUAAUUAUUGCUGUUGUUUUCAUUUUUAUUUGUAUGUUUUUGUGAUGAGAGAUGUUGCUGCUGACUCAGGGCUGGCCUGUUUUACUGACAGAAGCAGCGGAGAAGGCUGUUUUUUCUCAUUUAUUAUUGCUUGUUCUACAAUGGCUUCUUUCUUCUACUUAAAACAUAUUCUCUCUUUGAA